AGUGCACUGAGGCGGUUGUUGUGCGGCGGAUUUCUGUUCGUUUUCGUCCGUUGUGUCUAUCGUUACCGUUCCUUUCCCUCUUUUAUUUGUGGGUAAUUCUGCACGUGUCGUGUUGACGCCGCGACGACGGUUUCGACUGUUUCGAGUGCUACGCAAAUCACUCAGCCAGUGGAAAAUAAUUAAUGCUGGAGUAGUGUUUUUUUGAUUGUCGCCACCAGCACACACACACAGGUGGCAGCUCCAGACGCUGAAGCAGAAACACCAGAGCCGAGCCAUAUGAUAACAUGGAUAGCAGUCCAAAGCCGGAACGUAAAAAUCCGCGUCAGGGUGCAAAUAUCUUGUCACAUUUGAUAUUUGUAUGGGCGUUGCCAUUGCUCUACAGAGGAUCGCGUCGCGGCCUAAACACAGAUGAUCUAACAGAAUGCCUUGAAGAGGAUCAUUCCGAGCAGUUGGGCGAUCGUUUGGAGGAUGAGUGGUACAAGGAGGUGGAGCAUGCCCAUCGCAAAUCGAAGAAGCCACGUCUAAGGAAUGCCCUAUUCCGCUGCUUCCUAGGACCCACGAUCGUUAAUGGUCUCAUCUGCUUAAUUUACAUAGUGAUCAAAACCUUGAUACCCGCUGUUCUGGCACAGUUGUUGCUGCAGUUCCAAAAGCUGCCAACACCAGUCGCACCCGUUAGGGAAUUAUCCUUAACGGAGUCGCUGAAUAGAACAGCCCGCUCCAUUGGUCACCAUGUGCUGUCGCAGGCUGUGGCAGUUGCUAGCGGCGCAGGCAGCGAUGCUAAUUCGCCAAAUGCCCUGAGCAAGGGCGACGAUGCCACCAAGGAAUACGUGCAGCUGUCGUCUGGGGAGGCGGCACCCAGCAAUGCCAGCGUCUGGCGCAAUAGCUUCGAGGAGGCCACCGACUACAUUUGGAAUGAUGCCUAUAGCCUGGGCUAUGUGCUCGUGGGCUCCACGCUGUUCUGCUGCUUUCUGCUGCAUCAUGUGGAUCUGCGUCAGCGGCUGAUGGGCGCACGCAUGCGCAUUGCCUGCUGUUCGCUGAUCUACCGCAAGACGCUGCGACUCUCGAUGAAGACAGCGGGCCAGACGCCAGCCGGAUAUCUGAUUAAUCUUCUCUCAAAUGAUGUCAACCGACUGGACUAUGGCUUCAUUUUUGUGCACUGGAUCUGGAUAAUGCCCAUGCAGGCGGUGCUCACGUGCUACCUCAUCUGGCUGCGCAUUGGCAUACCCGCACUGGUCGGAGUGAUCGGACUGCUGCUGAAGACCAUACCCGUGCAGACGGCACUCAGCAAGCUGACGUCUGUGCUGCGGAUGCGGAUCGCCGAGCGCACCGAUGCUCGUGUGGGCAUCAUGAAUGAGCUGGUGCAGGGCAUACAGGUGAUUAAGAUGUAUGCCUGGGAGCGGCCCUUUCAGGCUGUCGUGGCCGAGGCCCGACGCAGCGAGAUCCAACAGAUCCGCUAUGCAUCGUACCUGCGUGGCUUCUACCUCAGCACCAUGGUGUUCACGGAGCGUUCCACAUUGUACAUCACCCUGGCGGCGGCUGCUCUCAUGGGCCAGCCCAUCACAGCGGAUUUUGUGUUCUCGGCGGCCAGCUACUACAACAUUCUGCAGCUGGUCGCUGCCAUCUGGUAUCCCCUGGCCAUCAGUUUUGGAGCUGAGGCCUUGGUCUCGCUGCGGCGCAUCCAGGACUAUCUGCAGCUGGAGGGGCGUGACGAGAAGACGCACGGACUGACGCACAAGCAGAAUCAGGAUGGUGGCGAUUCGCGUGCCGUCAUCCUCAAGGAUAUCAAUGCCAGUUGGGACAUUGAGAAGCCGCCGGCACAGCGCACCCUCCAGAGCAUCAAUCUGCAGAUCGAAAAGGGUCAGCUGUGCGCCGUUAUUGGCACCGUGGGCGCUGGCAAGAGCUCCCUGCUGCAGCUGCUGCUGGGCGAGCUGCCAAUCAUCGACGGGGGCGUGGUGAUCCAGGGCGAUCUGUCGUAUGCCGCCCAGGAGCCUUGGCUCUUCACCGGCACCGUCCGCAAGAAUAUUCUGUUCGGAGAGCAGUACGAGCGGAAGCGCUACCAGGAGGUCACGCGCUGCUGUGCCCUCACCACCGACUUCCAGCAGCUGAGCAACGGCGACAAGACGGUGGUGGGUGAGCGAGGCGCCUCGCUUUCGGGCGGUCAACGGGCGCGCAUCAGUUUGGCCCGUGCCGUCUACAAAUCCGCCUCCAUCUAUCUCCUGGAUGAUCCGCUGAGUGCCGUGGAUGCCCAUGUGGGGCGACAUCUGUUCGAUGAGGUGAUUGGACCACGUGGACGUCUGGCCCAACUGAAGGCCACCCGUGUCCUGGUCACGCAUCAAGUGCACUUUCUGUCCGAGGCCGAUGUGAUUGUAAUUGUCGAUCAGGGCCGUAUCCUAAGGAAGGGCACAUAUCAGGAGCUAAUCAACAGCGAACUGGACUUUGCCAAGCUGCUGGAGCGACCCAAAGAGGCGGAGGAGGAGACGGAGAACAGCAGCCGACUGAAUACAUCAUCGCCCACAAUCAGUGCACAUGAUCCGGAGGAUGAGGACGAUGAUAUACCCUACAUGGAUGGCGUGCGCGAUGGCUAUCAGCCGCUGAGGAAACAAAGCAACUCCACGCAUGGCAGCAAAUCGCUAAACAGCAGCGGUCAAACAGACUUGGAUCAGGAUGAUGAUGAUAUGGCUGAGGCCCAAGCGUCGGGCGGCAUCUCCCCGAAAGUCUGGUACGAGUAUUUCCAUGCGGGCAGCACCUGCCUCAGCUUCAGCUUCAUGGUGUUCGUCAUGCUGAUGUCCCAGGUGGUGUGCAGCAGUUCCGAUUUCUUCUCGAACAUCUGGACGCAGCAGGAGCAUCAGCGUACGCUCGGGGAGCCCACCAGCUUCACCACCUUCGAGUGCAUGUACAUCUAUGGUGGCUUAAUCAUCGCUGUGGUUAUCAUGACCACAUUCCGUGGCUUUCUGUUCUUCAAGACGUGCAUGCACGCCUCCAAGGUGCUGCACGAUCGCAUGUUUGGCUGCAUUUUGCAUGCCACAAUGCGCUUCUUUGACACGAAUCCAUCCGGCAGGAUACUGAAUCGCUUCUCCAAGGAUAUGGGCGCCAUUGAUGAGCUGCUGCCCAGGGCCAUGAUGGACUUUAUACAGAUUGCUCUGGUGAUGUUUGGCAUCCUAAUUGUCAUCUCUGUGGUGAAUCCGGUGCUGAUGGCGGCCAUGCUUGUGGUGGCCGUCAUUGAUAUGCUCAUACUGAAGCUGUAUCUGCGACCAUCGCAGGAUCUCAAGCGACUGGAGGGCAUCUGCCGGAGUCCUGUGUUCUCGCAUUUGAGUUCAUCGCUCUCGGGACUGGCCAUCAUACGCUCCCGCCAGCUGCAGGAUGUUGUGGCCAAGGAGUUUGAUCUGCUGCAGGAUGUGCACAGCAGCGUCUGGCAGCUGACAAUGGCGGUGAAUACGGCACUGGGUCUGUGGCUGGACUGUGUCAGUUGUGUCUUCCUCACGGUCGUCACAUUCAGCUUCAUCAUCAGCAAUGAAUCCACAUACAGCGGCAAUGUGGGCCUGGCCAUUUCCCAGGCCAUGAUACUCACGGGCAUGGUGCAGUAUGGCGUUCGGCAGGUGGCCGAGUCCCUGCAGCAGAUGACCAGCGUGGAGCGUGUGCUGCAGUACACCGAACUCGAGCAGGAGCCGGCGGUCACUGAGAAGGAGCCACCGGCACAGUGGCCCACCCAUGGCCAGGUGGAGCUGCGCAACAUGAGCUGUCGCUACGAUCCCAAUGGAUCGCCGGUGCUCAAGAAUCUCAGCCUCACCAUCGAACCGGGCUGGAAGGUGGGCAUUGUCGGCCGCACAGGUGCUGGUAAAUCGUCGCUGAUUGGAGCACUCUUCCGUUUGGCGCACAUCGAGGGCGGCAUCUAUAUCGAUGGCAUUGAGACGGGCAGCAUUUCGCUGGAGAUUCUGCGCACUCGCAUAUCGAUUAUACCCCAGGAUCCGGUGCUUUUCUCCGCCACAAUACGCUACAAUUUGGAUCCAUUUGAGCGCUACACGGACGCUGAGCUCUGGCAUGCCCUGGAGGAUGUGGAGCUGCGUGGCGCCAUUCCCGGACUGGACUACAUGGUCACGGAGCGGGGCAGCAACUUUAGCGUUGGCCAGCGACAGCUGCUGUGCCUGGCCAGGGCCAUAUUGCGGAAUAACAAGGUUCUGGUGCUGGACGAGGCCACGGCCAAUGUGGAUCCACAGACCGAUGGCCUGAUACAGCGCACCAUUCGCGUCAAGUUCCAGCAAUGCACCGUCCUCACGGUUGCCCAUCGACUGCACACUGUCAUGGAUUCGGAUCGCAUUAUUGUGAUGGACGCUGGCACAGCGGUGGAGUUCGAUGUGCCCCAUUUGCUGCUCAAAAAAUCGCGUGGCCAUCUACGACAAAUGGUCGAGGCCACGGGCAGUGAGUGCGAUGGCCUCAAGAAGGUGGCCAGCGAUACCUUUAAGCGUAUGCAGCGGCAACGAGAGACCGAAAGGGCUGCGGCGCAACACUCGUCGGAGGAGGAGGAGCCGGAGCAGGAGCGGCAGGAGUGAGUGAGAAUGGAUUGGGAGAGUGGAAGCUCCGGGAUUCGCAUUUACCGCCACAGCUGGCGCUGGCCUGGUGCUGUGUGUAGCACGUCGGAAACGAAACUGUACCAAAUUGAUUUUCUUCUUACAUAGCUACAUAUUUGUAUGUAAUAUAUAUAACAUGUUUCCAUGUACUUAGCUUUAGUUUAAGACUCGAUAACAAUUGUUUUGAAUACCGAAAAGUCUAGAUUGUGUGCUGCCUUAUAUGUAUUGUACUUAGAUAUUAUGUUAUAUCUCUCACAGGGAGAGUUUAAAGACCAGGGAAAGCCAGUGAAAUGUUCACAAACAAACAAAAAAUAUACACAACACAACACAUGACAUGCAUAAAUAUUCUACUCACAUAAUUCACUCAUUUAUGUAGUUUAGUUUUUCCAAAUGUACUUAUAAUAUAUAUA